AGCGAGCGGCACCGAGCGGCACCGCGGCGCGCCCGGACCGCCAGCGCGGAGCGGAGGCUGGAAGGAAGCAUUAUAUCACAAUGGCUCUGGCAGACAGUGCAAGCUGUGCCAAACCCAACGAGGACUUCCCUUUCCCUGAGAUCAUUGAACUCAAUGUGGGUGGACAAGUCUACAUCACUCGCCAUCCUACGCUGGUCAGUGUGCCUGGCUCCCUGCUCUGGGAAAUGUUCACGCAGAAGAAUAUCCGCUCCUUGGCCCGUGACAGCAAGGGACGGUUCUUCGUGGAUCGGGAUGGCUUCCUCUUCCGUUACAUCUUGGAUUACAUGAGAGACCAGCAGCUAGUGCUGCCUGACCACUUCCCAGAGAGGAGCCGUCUGCAGCGAGAAGCCGAGUACUUCAUGUUGCCGGAGCUGGUGAAGAUGCUGGCCCCCAAACUCAGCAAACAGAACUCUCUUGGAGAUGAUCCAUGCCAAAGUGACCCGGAGGAGCUGUCACCCAAUGCUGAUGCCACACGCAAUCUACCUUCUGCCAGUGCCACACUCCCCAGCGCUCCAGCUGGUGGCCCUGGGGGCUCAGUGGCUGCCAGCACAGGUGCUGCUGGCACCGAGAUCCGCAGGUCAGGUUUCAUCACCAUUGGCUACCGGGGCUCCUACACCCUGGGCAGGGACAGCCAGACAGAUGCCAAGUUCCGCAGGGUGGCCCGGAUCAUGGUUUGUGGCAAGACGUCCCUGGCCAAGGAAGUCUUUGGGGACACCUUGAACGAGAGCCGGGACCCGGACAGGCCCCCGGAGAGGUACACCUCCAGGUACUACCUCAAGUUCACCUUCCUGGAGCAAGCCUUUGACAGACUGGCUGAUGCUGGCUUCCACAUGGUGGCUUGCAACUCCACGGGCACCUGUGCCUUUGCCCAUGACCAGACAGAUGACAAGAUCUGGACCUCUUACACCGAAUAUGUUUUCUAUCGUGAGUGACACCAAAAAACCAAAACACCGAACACCAACUCCCCUUUCCUCUCCUGUGCUGACUGCUGCCUUUAGACUGUAGACAUCAGACCCUCGACCCUCAGUUGUCCCUUUGCCUCCUUUUGAGUUUGUUCCUGUGUCCCCCCACUAUCCCUCCAUGCUCCAAGUUGAACCUAUYGGGCUCUUCCUUGCAGCACUUGCUGAGCACCAACCAACCUUCUUCCCUCUUUCCGACUUCUCCGGUAGCCAACUGUAGCUCCCAGGCAACCCUCCCUGGAUUUGUGGACUUGGACAUUGCUGUAUCUAUGUCUGGGUGGGAGGGAGAGGGUGCGUGGGCAAUGCCAAACCGUGCGCUCUGGGGCUGGUGCAAGGGGAUAACCCCAAAUGCAGCCCUUGGAGCGCGGUGCCACCAGCUCCCC